AGAGGCGCUCGUACCAGGUCAACAGAGAGGCCCUGUACCCGUGUCAACAGAGAGGCCUUGCACCCGUGUCAACAGAGAAGCCCCUGCACCUGUCAACAGAGAGGCCCUGCACCCAGUGUCCAGAGAGGCCCUGUACCCAAAAGUCAACAGAGAGGCCCUGCACCUGUGUCAACAGAGAGCCCCUGUACCCGGCCUCAGCAGAGAGGGGCCCUGUACCCGUGUCAACAGAGAGGCCCUGCACCUGCAGCCACAGAGAGGCCCUACCAGUAGUCAACAGAGAGGCCUUCGUACCCGGUCAACAGAGAGGCCCCUGCACUGUGUCAACAGAGAGGCCCUGCACGUGUCACAGAGAGGCCCGUACCUAAACACAGAGAGGCCUGUACCUGUAAGUCAACAGAGAAGCCCUGUACCUGGUGUCAACAGAGGCCCUGCACCCGUGUCAACAGAGAAGCCCUGCACCUGGUGUCAACAGAGAGGCCUGUACCCGUGUGCAACAGAGAAGCCCUGUACCAGAGGCCCUGCACUGUGUCAACAGAGAGCCCCUGCGUCAACAGAGAGGCCCCAGCCCUGGUCAACAGAGAAGCCCACCUGUAGGUCAACAGAGGAAGCCCUGUACCUGUCAACAGGAGAAGCCCUGUACCUGUGUCAACAGAGAAGCCCUCACCUGCAGGUCAACAGAGAGGCCUCACCUGUGUCAACAGAGAGGCCCUGCACCUGUGUGCACAGAGAGGCCCCUGUACCUGUGUCAACAGAGAGGCCCCGUACCCGUAGCCACAGAGAGGCCUGUACUGUGUCAACAGAGAGGCCCCUGCACCCGUGUCAACAGAGAGCCCCUGCACUGCGGUCAACAGAGAAGCCCUGCACCUGUGUCAACAGAGAAGCCCCUGCACCCGUGUCAACAGAGGCCCCACCUGUGUCAACAGAGAAGCCCCGUACCCGUGUCAACAGAGAAGCCCUGCACUUGCAAGGCCAACAGAGAGGCCCUGCACCCGUGUCAACAGAGAGGCCCUGUACCUGUGUCAACAGAGGAGGCCCCUGUACCUGUGUCAACAGAGAGGCCCUGUACCCGAGUCAACAGAGAGGCCCCUGUACCCGUGUCAACAGAGGCCCUGUACCCGUGUCAACAGAGAGCCCUGUCACCGUGUCAACAGAGGCCCCUGUACCCAGUCAACAGAGAGGCCCUAGAGGCCCUGCACCCAGGUCAACAGAGAGGCUCUGUACCUGUGUCAACAGAGAGGCCCUUGCACGUCAACAGAGAGGCCCCGUACCCGUGUCCAACAGAGAGGCCCCGUACCCGUGUCAACAGAGAGGCCCCUGCACCCGUGUCAACAGAGGAGGCCCCACCUGUGUCAACAGAGAGGCCCUAGAGGCCCCUGCACCUGUCAACAGAGAGGCCCCACCUGUGUCAACAGAGAGGCCCUUGCACGUGUCAACAGAGAGGCCCUGUACCUGUCAACAGAGAGGCCCCACCCGGGUCACAGAGAGGCCUCUGUACCUGUGUCAACAGAGAGGCCCUGCACCCGUGCCAACAGAGAGGCCCCACCAUGUCAACAGAGAGGCCUGUACCCGUGUCAACAGAGAGGCCUGUACCUGUGUCAACAGAGAGGCCCCACCCAGGUCAACAGAGAGGCCCUGCACCUGUGUGUCAAGAGAGGCCCUGUACCGUGUCAACAGGGGCCCUGCCGUGUCAACAGAGAGGCCCCUCACCUGGUGCAACAGAGAGGCCUCGUACCUGCAAGCCAGAGAGGCCUCGUACCUGUGUCAACAGAGGCCCCUGUACCCGUGUCAACAGAGAGGCCCUGUACCUGCAGUCGAAACAGAGGCCUCCCUGUACCCGUGUCAACAGAGAGGCCUGAGAGGCCUGCACUGUGGCCAACAGAGAGGCCCUGCACCUGUGUCAAAGAGAGGCCCUGUACCCGUGGUCACAGAGAGGCCCUGUACCCGUGCCAACAGAGAGGCCCCGUACCCGUGUCAACAGAGAGGCCCUGCACCUGUGUCAACAGAGAGGCCCUGUACCUGUAGUCAACAGAGAGGCCGUACUGCACAGGAGGCCCUGUACCUGUGUCAACAGAGAGGCCCUGUACCCGAGUCAACAGAGAGGCCCCACCCAAGCAACAGAGAGCCUGUACCUGCAAGGUCAACAGAGAGGCCUUGCACCAAGGUCAACAGAGAGUACCCGGUGCCUGCCAGAGAGGCCCUGUACCCGUGUCAACAGAGAAGCCCUGUACCUGUGUCAACAGGAGGGCUCUGCACCUGUGUCAACAGAGAGGCCCUGCACGGUGUCAACAGAGAGGCCCUGCACCCGUGCCAACAGAGGCCUCGCACUGUCAACAGAGAGGCCCUGUACCUGUGUCAACAGGAGGCUCGUACCCGUGUCAACAGAGAGGGCCUCGUACCUGUGUCACAGAGAGGCCCCGCCCAGGUCAACAGAGGCCCUGUACCUGUGUCAACAGAGAGGCUCUGUACUGUGUCAACAGAGAGGCCUCACCUGCAGUCACAGAGAGGCCUCUGUACCAGUGCAACAGAGGAGGCCCUGUACCUGCCAACAGAGGCCUGUACCGUGUCAACAGAGAGGCCCCUGCACCUGUGCUCACAGUGA